AUGAUGGAAUCGUUAUUCUGUUUGUCCAAAUAUCAGAAUACGGUUGAAUAUGCUCCAGACUGGGCAAAGGCAUUGGCAGGUCAUAUCUUGUGGGGGAUGAAGUUUGAGGCAAGGAAAAUGGGCGAGGCGUUUACUGUUGAUGUUGAAAAAAAAGGAAUGCAGCUGCAGGAUGCUAGUGAUGCUUUGGAGAGGACUGGUAAGGAAGAGCAGAUGGUGGGAGUCAAUGGACGGGAGGAAGGGGUGAAGGUCAAUGCUCGUGUUCAUCAAGUUAAGCAUGUUAAACCGUUUAACAAACGAAAGAAGUCAAAAAUAAUCAUUAAAAUGAAGCUUGCAAAAAAUGUGGGAGGUGAAGGUAGCAGUCUUGCAACGGUCAUGGAGUUGGAUUAG